AUGGAGGGUGUGUUAGACCCAACAGAUCCCCCUUCCAACCCCAUAGAACCAGGCGUCAAGUUGGAGCCCCCAACUAUCGUCGAUGGGUUGGAGCAGGUUGUUCAGCCUCAGCAAGUGGCAUUCGUCGAAGACUCUGCGGUUACAAAGGCUGAAAAAUACGAACAUCAUGGUGAGAAUGUUGCCGAUGCUCCGUCUAAGCGUAUCAAGUUGGAGCACCCAGAGAUUGAGAUUCCAGCUCGCAGUGAGCGUGUGAAGGGCAUGGCGCCCAUCAAAGCCGAGUUUCUUGUUCAUGUCUCUGCGAAUAAAAGAGACGAUCGCUCUACCGUACACAACGACGAUGAUGAUGCCGCUGAAGGUGCCGCUCAUCAUCAAGGUGGCGGAAGAGCCGAGCGUGGCAAAGGCAAAAAGAACAAAGGCCAGAAUACAGGCCGUCAAUUCACGAGAGCUUCAGAUGAGGUGGGUCUAUGCUCGAGUCGAGCUUGUGCGCCCGAGUUCUCCCCUGAGGAAUGUCAAUUUGGCGAUAGUUGUAGGUUUGAGCAUGAUAUAAGAAAGUACCUGCGAGAGGGUAAAAGGGAAGAUCUUAAGACUUUCGAAGGGGUAUGUCCGGUGUGGAAAGCCAACGGUAAGUGUGAUGUGGGCUGGAAAUGUCGUUUCGUCGGGUCUCAUAUGCAAGAAAGAGAUACUGUGGAUGACAAGAGAGAGCUUGUUCUUGUUGAAAGAGAAUCAAGUCAAGAUGGAGUCCCUACCACCGCCCGUGGUAGCAUUACGAAUGAUGUAUCCCCACAAGCGAGGACUGACCUAACAAAACGACGCUUCAAGACUCCCAAAUCCGACAUAUACAAUCAUGAUCUAGAAAACAGAGAAAGACAGCAUAAUACCAACCAGGUGAUGCAAGUCCAUCACGACCAUCACUACCAUCGCAACACCAGCAGCGAAGAAGAUGCCUCGCAACAAGACAAUCGAGCACAAUACACUGACCCUCCUCUCCUUCCAUCUGAGAAACGUCCCAUCUACUUUGGACCCGAAACCCCCGUCCUCGCCCCCUUGACAACACAAGGCAACCUUCCCUUCCGCCGCCUCUGCGUCUCCCUCGGUGCUCAAGCCACAUACAGCGAGAUGGCCAUGUCAUUACCCCUAAUCCAGGGCUCCCGCUCCGAAUGGGCACUGAUGCGCGCCCAUGCCUCCGAAACCCUCCCACCCGCUUACUCACCGCCUCCCACUACCUCCGCCACCAACAUCGUAACCCCCUACACCAACUCCAACGACCUCAAAUUUUCCGCCCAAAUCGCCGCCAAUAAACCCUGGCAAGCGAUCAAAGCCACCGAGAUCCUCACAGCCCUCUGCCCCCACCUCCGCCUCAUCGACCUCAACGCCGGCUGCCCCAUCGACCUCGUAUUCCGCCAAGGCGCCGGCUCCGCGCUCCUCGACCACCCAAGCAAACUCACAAAAAUCCUGCGCGGCAUGUCCGCCGUGUCCUCCAGCAUCCCCAUCAGCGUCAAGAUCCGAAUGGGCACGAAAGACGCGCGACCUACGGCCCUCAAGCUCGUCGACCGUCUAAUCCACGGCACCAGCGACGUCGACGCGUUCGAUAACAAGCCUGCUGGUGUGGCGGCCAUUACUUUGCAUGGGCGGAGCAGGCAGCAACGGUAUACGCGGAGUGCGGACUGGGGCUAUAUCGCAUCUUGCGCGGCGCUCAUUGAUUCCUACAAUGAGAAAGCCGAUGCGCUGGCCGACACAGUCCGCGAACCCGAUCCCCGCCACCAGCCUAAUGGGAAGGCGGAGAAAGUCUUCUUCCUCGGCAAUGGCGAUUGCUACUCCCACUCCCACUACACCGACCACCUCCGCGACGCGAAAGUCGACAGCGUGAUGAUCGCCCGUGGCGCCCUCAUAAAACCAUGGAUAUUCGAGGAGAUCGCCACGGGCCAAUACAUCGACAAGAGCGCCUCGGAGCGAUUGGGGCUGGUGGAGACGUUCGCAAAGUAUGGGUUGGAGGUGUGGGGGAGUGAUGAGAGGGGCGUGGGCGUGACAAGGCGAUUUUUGCUCGAGUGGUUGAGCUUUGCGUAUCGGUAUGUGCCGGUGGGGUUGUUGGAGUAUUUGCCACCGAAUUUGCAGGAUCGGCCGCCGGCGUGGAGGGGGAGGAAUGAGUUGGAGAGUUUGUUGGGGAGUGGGGAUUAUAGGGAUUGGGUUAAGAUUACUGGUGCGAAGGGGUCAUUUGAGUGGAAAGAUGGGGUUGGUAAGAAAGCCGCUGACGUUCUUGUAUCCAGUGAGAUGUUCUUAGGUCCGACACACAAGGACUUCAAGUUCCAGCCGAAGCAUAAGAGCAAUAGUUAUGAGAUUGAGGCGGAAGGGUAG